GAAACGAAGUAAAGGCGAAAGACGAGAAGAAGACGAGGGACGAAGGAAAGACGAAAGACAAGGAUAAGACAAGGGACGAAGGAAAAACGAGGAACAAAGAUAAGACGAAAGACGAAGAAGACGAAAAACGAGGAAAAGACGAAAGACGAAGGACGAGAGGCGGAAGACGAGAAGAAGAUGUAGGACAAGGAUCGAGAGCGCUCGAGAAUCCAAAAAGAACGAAGAUAGACGAUAGUCAGCGAAGCUUAACGCAAAAUCUCCAAUCGCCGUUUGCAAAAGCAAAAUCGAUAGACAAAGUUAUGGAGGAGUUAGGGCAAAUAUCUGCAAUUAAACAAAAAAUUGCCGCAGCAUCGCGAGCGGUGAUAGUGGUCAUGCAUAAAUUUAUUUUUGAGGAAGAUGGAGAUAGGAAUAAUCGACGGCGACUGCGAGAAUUCCGCGGGUUCGAAUUCAACGACGACUCAGCCGAAUUUAGAGCUAAGCUCCAAUAUGCUGUGAGAUUUUCAAUAGGAGAUUUGAUAUCAAUUUGCAAUGUUCUUGGCAUUGCAUACACCGGAAAUGCCGAGCAGCUGAGAGAGCGGAUAGUGAGGGCUCUGAUGGACGUCGGGUCUUUGCGAUCAGUUCGCAGCGAGGACGACGACGACGAGAUGGAUGAUAGAAAUGACGACGAGAAUGAUGUCGACGAGAUCAACGACGAGAAUGCCGAUGCCGAUAAGGAAAGAGGAAGCAUAGUCAGCAUAGAACGAGGAAACAACCGUCAACCUUAA